GGGCCCAGCCAAUACCGUGCAUCUUCUCUCUCCACCACCACAAAGCUCCAGGGGAGAGAGAGACACAAAAAGAGAGCUUAAGGGAGAGAGAGAGACAGAGAGAGAGAGAGGGGGGGAGAGAACGUGGAACUGCAUAGGAGAGGAGAAAAUGGAGACAGGAAAAGCUUUUUCUUCAAUGCAAAGCUCUCUCCUUCUCGUUGCAAAUGGGCCCAUCAUCAAUCUCAAUCGCAAUCGCAAACCCAACUGUCACGUAUUCUUCUUCUUCUGCCACUGCUCCUUUCUCUUUCUCUUUCUCCUCCCCUUGCCAGCAGAAACUUUGUAAAGCCAUCAACUUUCACUUUCACUUUCACCACAGCCUCUCUUCCCCCACUUUUUUCAGUCUUUAAUGCCUGCCUAUACAAGAAGAAUUUCGCUUAAAAAAUAUUUGGUCGGUGCUAUAUGCCUAGGCAUUCUAGUCUUCUAUUCCUCCUCUUUUCUUGUCAAAAGAUAAUCACUCACCCACCCCUUCAAGAAAAUAAAAGUCCUUGUUUUUACCUUCUCAUAUAUUAGAACUCAUUGAAAAUUAAUCUGGUUUUCUUUUUUCUUUUUUUUUUUUUCUUCCCCUUCCGCCAGUUUUUUUUUUUUAAUUUCUCUUGGGAUUUUUUAUCCGUUAACUGGAGACAAUUGCGGUCUCUGUUUCGCAAUCUUUACUGUUGCGGGCAGACUUGACCAUUUUUUUUUCCUUAUAAUUCUCUGAUUUGCCCCUUUUUGAUUGAUGCAUUUCUCUAAUAAGUUGGUGAAAUAUUGAUUUGGGUAUUGAAGAAAAGGUUGGCUUAUCGGUGCUGACUGCCAAUUGCAGAAAAUCAAGUUUGUAAUUAGGAGUUUCAGAUAUUAACAUUAAAACCAAGUUUUCAGCUGAUAAAGCCAGAAGGCAAAUAUGCCAGUUUCUGGAACUGUCAAAUUGUCCCUGCUUUGAAGUUGAGUCUUAUGGUGUAAACGAAGGCAAACUUUGAUACCAAGUUUCUAAAUAUUAAUUAAUUUUGCUGAUCGGUGAAAUUGUGAAGCCGAAUUCUUCACCCGUGACCCACUCUUGAGCUUGAAACGGUACAGUUCUUUCCGUUAAACGUAAGAUCAAAAUAUCUAAAGCUUGAGGAAGUGAGGAACUUCAGGCGCUGGUUAAGGAGGCUUGUGGAGGAAAAAAGAAGCUUUUCAAUACCUUGCAAUCCAAAGAAAGCUGAGGCUAUCCUGAGCUUGACGCGUCUGAGGAAGCUUCAGUUGUUCAAAUUGGAAUUUUUGUCCAAUUUCCUUUGGUCUAGUACCCCCGGCCGCAUUGUUGUCCUUCUUGGCCUCUUCGAUUUUGAGAUGUCGUCAAAUUACUGUCGGGACUUUGGAGCCACUGGCAUCAGAUCUUCCUUUGAGAGGCACUAGUGAUUUGAGUUAGAUCAUCCUCAAUAGAAUAUUCUCAGUGCUCUUAUUUCAAGAUAGCAACACUAGUGCAAAAAUUUGUAUGAACAAAGCAUAGCAAGAAAUCAAACAUUCAUCAUGGCAAAGAAAUCUCAGAGACACCCUGCGCGACAUGAAGGAGACCACCCUGGCUGUAUGUGGGGUUUAAUUGGUAUGUUUGACUUCCGCCAUGGUCAAUCAACUCAAAAGUUGCUUUCAGAUAGGAGACGUGGGCCCAGGCAUGCUGUUGCAACUGGGACUGCAACGAAUAAGCCUGUGUUGUUGACCAAUCUUGAAGAAAGUUGUCAAGGCAUCAUUGGUGGUGAAGAGAGCACAAUAGCAGCAGUCGAUGCUGGUAAGCCAAGUGUGAAGAAACUCAUGGAAGAAGAGAUGUUUUGUAAGAAAGACUUCAUGAAGGAGAUGUACAGUGUUGAAGUGGAAGCAAAACAGUCUAUUUCAGAAUAUGGAGGCAGUAAAAGGAAAAACCACAAAAGAACAAACAGAAGUCGCUCAAGAAGUUGUGAGAUAUACAUAGAAGAUCUGGACGCUUCUGAAAGCUUGGAACCUGAAAAGCCUUGCCUUCCGAAUUCAGAAAAGCAAUCUACUAAUAUUAUUGAAAUGGAUGACAUCAUGGAAGAGUUCUGCCACCAGAUCCAUGGCAUUAGUUGUGUAAAGCAUGACGAGCAUGAUGAAGUUCACAACCAACCAAACCUGCAGAAUCCUGACCUUGAAGAGAAAUUGAGUGAGGCAAUCAAACUUUUAAGUCAGAGGCUCAUCAAUGCGAAACAUGUCACAGGAGAUGGAGAAACUCACCCUUCUGAAGAGCUUAAGGAUGCACUCAGGAUUCUAAGUUCUGAUAAGGAAUUAUCUCUGAAACUCUUACAAGGUCCAAAGUCUGCAGUGGUCAAAUAUGUUGAGAACUUGUGUAAUGCUUAUGUAGGGAAAGAUAAAGUCUCCAAGCCACUUGUAGGAUUGAACUUGUCAGAACAGGAGAAUGAUGGCUUGAAACGGUUUGAUGAGGUUAUCCAUGGUAAACAGCGCAAGUUUUUCAGGAGGAAGGCCAAAUCUCUGGAAAAGAACCCAUCAAAGGAAUCUAAGGCUUCUCAAGCUUCAAAUAGGAUUGUUAUUUUAAAGCCUGGACCUAUAGGCGUGGAAAAACCUGAAAAUGAAAGAAGCCUUGGGUCGUCACCAGAAUCUCAAAUUCUCAUAAGAAACAAGGGACCAAAUGAAGGAUUUGGUUCCUACUUUUUUCUUACUGAAAUUAAAAGAAGAUUAAAAAAAGCUAUGGGCAAAGAGCAACAAGAGAUCUCUCCUGAUGGUGUUCCAAAGAGAUUUCCCAACAAGCAUCAAGCUAGGGGAGAUGGUGACAAAAGAUAUAAAGAGAAUGUUGGAAGAAAUUCUCCAAGUAAGGACCACUUCUUUAUUGAAAAAGUUGCCAGGCCUCCAACUGGUGUCAGAAAAGGAGAGAAGACUGACACGUUGAAAGAACAUGAAGUAGGUUUGGAGCAGGAAACUGCUACUUACCCCAAGCAAAGAAUAUCUAACAUUUACGUUGAGGCCAAGAAGCAUCUCUCUGAGAUGCUUACCAGUGAGACUGGGGAUGUUGAUUUUUCAAGCGGACAGGCUCCAAAAACCCUUGGGAGGAUUCUCUCUCUUCCUGAGUACAAUUUUUCUCCUACUGGCAGUCCUGGAAGAGAUUGGGGGGAAAGCUUUGUUACUGCACAGAUGAGAUUUUCUAACAAUAACAAGUUUCAGAAAAAAGAAAAUGUUAGCCAUCAUGGUCGAAUGACACUAAACUCAGAGACUGAGUUGUGUGUUCCUGAUGACAGCACUGAUAAUGAAGCAAAAGCUCCUUCAAACCCAAAUUCAAGUGCACCAAAUGAACUUGCCCAGGAUAAUGAAGUGGAGAAAAUCUUGUGUUCUGUUGGAGAUGGGAUGACUUCAGAAGGUGAUGUGGAUAUUGUAAAAUCAGCUGAAAUUGUAGUGCAAGAAGACAGCAAUACCUUUGAUACUCUUUUUGAACCAAUCAACUGUUCUGGGACUAGAGAUGACCAAAAUGGUGAAAUGUUUGAAGUUUGUGAUGAAACGAGAUAUUCCGACCGCUUGAAACAUGAUUUGAAUGAAGAGAACCAAUCUCCAUCUUCUGCAUUAACAUCCCCAUCCACCUCUUCAAUCACCAAGAAGGAUGACAAUCUAGAAGGUGUUGUAGAAGUAUCAGAGCGUCCAAGUCCUGUAUCUGUUCUUGAGCCACUUUUCACAGAGGAGGAUGUCAGCCCAGCAAGCACCAGAUUCCAACCUGCUGAACUGCCAAUUCAACCACGAAGAAUUCAGUUUGAAGAGCAUGUUUCUUCCACUGCAGAUAUGGGGACUCCUUUGAAAGCUUAUAUAGCAGAGAAGGAAUCAAUAUUUGAGUAUGUGAAAGCAGUAGUGCAAGCCUCUGAAGAGAACUGGGAUGAGUUUUAUAUCAUGUCCAGUUCUUCUGACCCGCUUCUCGACCCAUCAAUAUUUGAUGAGGUAGAGUUCUUUCCCAACCAGCUUUGCUAUGACAAUAAACUUCUCUUUGAUUGUAUUAAUGAAGUUCUCAUGGAGGUAUAUGGGAGAUAUUUUGGUUGCCCCCUUGGGUUAUCAUUUGCGAAGCCUACUGUCCGACCUGCUCCAGACAUGAAGAAUGCUAUUCAUGAGGUAUGGGAAGGAGUGUAUUGGUAUCUCCUCCCAUUGCCACUGCCUCAUACAUUAGAACAGAAAGUCAAGAAAGAUAUGGCUAAAACUGGGACAUGGAUGGACCUUCGAUGUGAUAGUGAAGCUAUGAUUAUUGAGAUUGGGGAUGCCAUUUUCAAAGAUCUGAUGGAAGAAACUAUGUUAAGCUGUGUAAAUGGAAGUUCAGAAAGUGGAAAUCCUUCAAUUGCAGCGGAGCUGAAGGAACAGAUUGGCAUCAAUUUGUAAAUGACAUUCUACUUCUGUUUGUUCAUACCAAUAAUUGACCUCUGUUGUUUCUGGUUGGAAAGGAAAGAAAGCAAGCCUUUGCUUGUGGGGCAGGAGGAGCAGUUACAUCUCAGCAGAAGGCUUCAUAUGGCCCUUUGGUAAUGUCCUGGACAGAUUUGACAGAGACUUUUUUUUCUGACUUUGCCAUUGAGAUCAUAUAUAUUUCAAACAGUUCUGAAGUUGUAAAACCCUGAGAGCUUGGGAGCUCUGCUGGCACAAGUCCUCAAAUGAAAAUCAGGAGCCCAAUCAGGCAAGUGCUUCUUGCUAUCAAACAAAGACUACUUGAUUUCCACGGCAAUUUUUUCAACCAUGACUGGAUCAGCGCCUUACACUCAGUUGACAAUAGAGGUGUUACCAUUUUAGAAUUUGUAGAUUAUGAGGUGCUGAUCGUGUCAGUUUAAGGAUGCUGUGUUGUUUCUUGUUUCUUUUCGCCCUGAUUUCAUUCAUUAUCCUAUCAAAGUUUUUGUUUCUUUUGCCUCUCUUUUUCAUUUAUGAAGUUGGGGUUUCUGCGAGUAUGUGACUAUUUGGAUGUAUUAUAGGAGGUGAUUUUACACGAGUGCAAUUAACAAUCUAUUUUUGUUGUGCUCUGAUUUUUGAAUAAUUAAUACAUAGAUUACUUACUAA